CGACGCGGGCGACGGCGGACGCGCGAGGGAAGGCAUGCCGCGCCUCGGCGUCGCGACGACGACGGCGCGCGCCGCGACGACGGCGCGCGCGGUGGUUCCGGAAACCGAACGACGAAGACGACGACGACGACGAAACGUCGCGCGCGCGAAACGACGCGGGCGCGCGAGCGAGCGGGGAGACGAGGACGCGGACGACGACGACGCGCGCGUCGAGCGCGGACGCGAGGCGACGGCGCCGCGCGCAUCGCCGUUCGGCGCGCUCGCGGCGCUCCGCGAAGCGUUACCAGAGGCAAAGGCGAAGACGGCGCCCGCGACGGCGCGCGAGGACGAAGACGGCGACGCGGAAGACGACGCGAUGGCGAACAAGGGAAAAUUACCCGUUCGCGUGCGCGCGACGAAAUCUGGACGACGCGGGAAGACGGUGACGAUCGUCGACGGCGUGUUGUACGCCGAGGCGCGCGCGAUGUGCGCCGAGUUUAAGCAAAGUCUCGGCGUCGGCGGCUCCAUCGACGCCGUCGACGGCGACGCGACGCUCGCGAUGGUGACGAUUCAGGGCGAGCACGUCGACUUUUGCGUGCGCGAUCUCGUCGGUCGAGGGUACGCGCGCGCGAAGAAGGCGUAGAAGUCCUUCAGUCCUUCGCCCGGCCAGCCCGGUGCCGAGACCGCGGCGCGGGCGCGGCGUCACUCCGACGCGUUUCGAUCGACCGCGAUGGCGCGUACGAAACAAACCGCGAGAAAGUCCACCGGUGGCAAGGCGCCGCGUAAACAGCUCGCCACCAAGGCGGCGCGCAAGUCCGCGCCGACGACGGGAGGGGUGAAGAAACCGCACCGCUACCGCCCGGGUACGGUCGCGCUUCGUGAGAUUCGUAAAUACCAAAAGUCUACCGAGCUCUUGAUCCGCAAGCUUCCGUUCCAACGUCUCGUGCGCGAAAUCGCGCAAGACUUCAAGACGGAUUUGCGCUUCCAAUCCACGGCGGUUUUGGCGCUUCAAGAGGCGUCCGAGGCGUACUUGGUCGGCUUGUUCGAAGACACGAACUUGUGCGCGAUUCACGCCAAGCGGGUGACCAUCAUGCCGAAGGACAUCCAGCUCGCGCGUCGCAUCCGAGGCGAACGCGCGUAAACUUUCCGUCCUUUUGAAUGAAACGCGACGAAGAGGUUAGAGCGGCGGAGCGCUGGAGCCACGGACGACUCGACGUCUGUAAACGACGCUCACGGGCGUUCGUGGAUACCGCGGCCUGCUCGCCUAAAUGAAUGACGAUCACGCGAAUUGUGUGUCUUUACUUUGUAACACGAAUACGAACAGAAAU